AACGCCUGGCCUGUUUGGGAAGAGAGAGAAAAAGGACAAGGAGAAGAAGAGAAAGAAAAUGGGUGAGAUUGCUGCGACAAUGACGAAGAAGAAGAAGAAAAAGGGACGUCCUUCUCUUUUAGACCUUCAAAAACGCUCUCUCAAACAACAACAACAAAACCCCAAUUUCAAAAGCCCUAAUUCACUCCUCAAUGCCCAUCACCGCAUAUCCACUCGCCGGAACCCUAAUCUCGAUGAGCCAGACUGGAUUAACGGUGAUGGAGAAGACGACGACGACGAGCGCAAAGAGAAGAAACAUAAGCUUUUGCUUGGAUUGAAUUCCCAACAAAACAACAACAACGGCAAUCAUCAUUACCCGAUUUCCUCGGCGGAUUCCCAGGGUCUUAAUCCUUCAUACGGCCCUGAUGAUGAUAAUCCCGAGGUGGCUCUUAAGAGGCGCAAGAUCAGUGCCUCCCGUCUCGGAUCUGAUGAUAUGGGUGUAAAGGCUCCGAAAGCGACAGACACUCUUCAUGAGUCACUGGUGGAGCCGGGCCCCACAACACCUUUGCCAGACAAAAAGUUGUUGUCCUUCAUUCUUGACAGGCUUCAAAAAAAGGACACCUAUGGAGUGUUCUCUGAGCCGGUGGAUCCUGAAGAGCUUCCUGAUUACCAUGAUAUCAUUGAGCAUCCCAUGGACUUUUCAACUGUGAGAAAGAAGCUAGAUGGAGGAGCUUAUGCGAGCUUGGAGCAAUUUGAGAAAGAUGUAUUCCUGAUAUGUUCAAAUGCAAUGCAGUAUAAUUCACCAGAUACUAUUUACUUCCGACAGGCACGAUCCAUGCAAGAGCUUGCAAGUAAGGACUUUGAAAACUUGAGACAAGAUAGUGAUGAUGGUGAACCCCAACCCAAAAUUGUGAGGAGAGGCAGACCACCUGGAAAGCUGAAAAAAUCUCUUGAGAGGUCUACCCUUGAUCGUGUUGGUCCUGAAUGUUCCUCAGAUGCAACUCUUGCCUCUGGAGGGGAUAAUCCCAACAGUUCUGCUGGUUACAAUCUCAGAAGAACCCAUUCAUACAAGUAUCAGCCUGCAGAUGUCCUGGUCAAAACCACUUUUGGGUCCCAUAACAGUGAAACGUAUUCUACCUGGAUGUCUGAAUGGGAAAAUGAAUUUCCAGCUUCUGUUUUGAAGGCUGUACUAAGGUGUGGGAAGAAACCAUUUGUGAUAGAUGAGAAUAGGCGAGACACUUAUAAGCAUCCAUCGGCUUCUACACAUGGACCAUCGUCUUUGAAUAUUUUCGAAGGAGAACUGAAGCAAUUGAUGACAGUAGGUUUAAAUUCAGAGCAUGGUUAUGCAAGAAGUCUGGCACGUUUUGCUGCUGAUCUAGGGCCCAUUGCAUGGAAAUUUGCUUCAAAGAAAAUUGAAAGUGUGUUGCCAACAGGACUUGAAUUUGGUCCUGGGUGGGUAGGAGAAGAUAAGGCGGUUGAGCGACAGCAGCAGCUUUUAUUUUCUGAUAGGCACAUAGUUUCAAACAAUUGUGUAGGGAUUGAGGCUUUAAGCAGACUUCAAUCUUCAACUAUGACUGGCACAAACUCUAUAGUUGCGAGUAGAUGUUCAGCAUGGAGUGGAGAAGACAUGGUGGAAACUGUUGGUGGAUUGAAUUCCCAAAGCGAGUUAAGUUCACUAAACAAUGGUAUUACUGGCAUGAACCCUGGGUAUUCUGUUGUGGUUCAACCAAAGCCUGUGAUUCAGUCUGAUUUAAAUGGUUUUAGUGGUGGGUUUGGGUAUAAUAAUUGUUCACCUCUACUGGGGACAGCAAGACUUGGGGUUGCAACAGGGAGGUCCAGUUCAGAGCACACAGCAGUUACUUCACAAGCAUUUGACAAGGUUUCAACUAGCAACACCAGUUUCUGCCCAAUGAGAGGGAAUGAUUUUAAGUUGAACAAAGCCAAGUUGUCAGAAACUUCAAGUGUAUUGUUACAGUCUGGAAAAUCAUCAGCUCUAGGUCCGAGCUCCGACUCUCAGGCACUACUCAAUGCAGGGAUUGAUGGAAAAUCAUUUCGGCAGUACAAUCAACAAGAUUUCUUUCAAUUUCCACCGGACCUGAAUGUUGGAUGCUUGGCACCAAAUUCACCUAGUUCCAGUGUGCCAAUUGGUUUACCACAGCAGCCAGAUUUAGCAUUGCAGCUAUGAAUUGAGGAUGGGCAAUUCAUCUUCCUUUACCGGUGGAGGGUAGAUUGUUAGGUUUGAACAUUUGUCCAGCAAAAGGAAUAAAUAAUAAAGUGGAGAGUCAUCUUUUGGAUUUGGGUGGCUUUCUGAGUAGUAUAUUGAUGGUCCAUAACAUGAGGAAUCAAUCUUAGGGGAAGAUUUUGUACAGGUUAAUGUAUCAAUUUUUUUAUAUGAAAAACCACAGUUUCAUAGAAUGCUAUAUUUGAAUGCUUAA